GCUAUGAAUUUGUUCCAAAAAAAAAACAAUGCUAUGAAUUUGUUCAUCGUCUUCUACGUCAUCCCACAAUGGGUUAGGCGGAUUAAGUUAAGCAUGAAGAUCCUCCAUACCAAUUUUCUUCAUUGGUUCAUCGAGUUUAUCACCUUUAGAUAUGGCAAGACAUAAAAUAUUUAAUACGUUAUAUGUUUCAUUGUAAGAAGUAUAUUCGUGAGUCUGAACUAAUUUCAAAUGUUGAAAGGUGAAAGAAUUACAAAUGUAAAAUGUGUUAUCCCUUCUAAAUGAAAUAUGUAUCUAGUUGAUUCUCUUUAUAUUGAGAAUCAGUUGUCGUGGUUGUCUGAUUGAUGGUUGCCUUGUCGCAGUUAACAACUCCUUUCUAGAACACUGACAUGAGUUUAAGAUUGGAUAAUGUAGUCUCUCUCCUCCUGACCACUAAAGCUUAUGUUCAUCUAUUGUUGUCAAACGAAGGAAAAAAUAGUUGUCUUAGUAGUCUUAGUUAACCCAGUUCCCCUAUAAUCUAUUGUUGUCAAACGAAGGAAAAAAAAAGAGCGACAGAUGAAAUGAAUUUUUUUCAUUUGUGCGUUGUAUAAUUUCGGUAACGUAAACGAAGUUUAAGCGCAGGACUUAAGAUUGCGAUACCAUCAUCACAUGUCCAAGUGGGAGAUUAGUAAUCUUGAAUAACUCUUGUUUUUAUUUCUUCGCCAACACAUAAUCCUUGUUUUAUACUUCAAGUUAUGACAUUUAUGUACCUAAAUAUAUUGUCAGUCCACUGAGGCUGCAUAAUAAGUUUGCUGGCUUAAUGGAGAAGGAAGACUAUAUAAUAUGUCACGUAGUUAUUAUUUUUCAUCUUUACGUUUCUCAUCAUUCUAAUCAAUAUUCGACUUUCCAAGUUUAAGUUUUAUUCUUUUAGAAUUGAUUUAUUAUUACGAUUAUAAUUAUGAAAUCGUAAUGUUAUAUUGACGAUUUCACAAUGGACAAUUCUAUUUUUCAAAAAUAAAAUAAAAAUAACAAUGGACAAUUCUUCUACCAUAUAAAAUUUUAUAUUAAACGGUUUUAUUUGUAUUGAUCUUGUGCAAGUUUAUUUUAAUUAAUCUCCUUAUAAAUGGUAAUAAAUCACUUGCGAAUUUCAAGCUAUUGUGUGAAAUGUAUUUUAGUGAAUUUUUAUUCAACAACUACAAUAGACCAAGACAGCUUACACAAUUUAAAGAUAUUUAUGUAGGCGCACAUCGAAACAUUUAGGUGCAUGCAUAUAUAUAUGUAUUGUUGUCGUCUUCUUCAUAACAACUCCAUCAAUAUACUUUCUCUCAGUCUUAACUCAAUUUGACCACAAAUUUUCCAUUAAUGAAGAUACGAAUACUUACCCUAAUCAUUCUCCUACAAUGUGUUUUCAACCUUGGCCUACAUUUCCACCCACUCGAUCCCUUAACCCCUCAAGAAAUCAACAAAACAAGCUUCAUCGUCAAGAAAUCUCAUCUAGGCACUCUCAAAGAUCUCACAUUUCACUACCUCGAUCUCGAAGAACCAAACAAGACCCACGUUCUCCAGUGGUUAUCCUCCAAGAAACCACCACAACCACCACGCCGUCGCUCACUCGUGGUGGUUCGAGCCGGUGGUCAAACCCACGAGCUCAUCAUCGACCUAACCUCCGGAAAAAUCGCAUCCUCACGCAUCUACACAGGCCAUGGCUUCCCUUCAUUCACAUUCAUAGAGCUGUUCAAAGCAAGCAAGCUUCCUCUAACAUUCCCUUCCUUCAAGAAAUCGAUUCUUGAUCGAUCCCUAAACAUCUCGGAGGUUUCUUGCAUCCCUUUCUCCGUUGGUUGGUACGGAGAAACCAUCACGAGACGAGAGGUCAAAGCCUCUUGCUUUUACAGAGACGGGUCGGUUAAUGUCUUCACAAGACCCAUCGAAGGAAUCACCAUAACAAUAGACGUUGACUCAAUGAAAGUCGUGAAAUACUCCGACAGAUUCAUAAAGCCUAUCCCUGAUAAAGAAGGCAACGACUUUCGGACCAAACACAAACCGUUCCCGUUCUCUUGCAACGUCUCCGACACAGGGUUCAAGAUUCUAGGCAAUAAAAUAAAAUGGGCUAACUGGAAAUUCCACGUCGGAUUUACCGCUAGAGCGGGGAUAACCAUAUCGACCGCUUCGGUUCUUGACACAAGAACCAAAAGGUUCAGAAGAGUGAUGUACAGAGGACACUUGUCAGAGACUUUUGUUCCGUACAUGGACCCAACAUACGACUGGUACUUCCGUACGUUCAUGGACAUAGGAGAGUUCGGUUUCGGGAGAUCGGCGGUUAACUUGCAGCCACUCAUCGACUGCCCGCAAAACGCCGCGUUUUUGGAUGGAUACGUGGCGGGACCUGAUGGGACAGCUCAACAGAUGAGUAAUGUGAUGUGCGUCUUUGAGAAAAAUGGUUACAGUGCUUCUUUUAGACACACCGAGAUUAAUGUUCCAGGACAAGUGAUAACUAGUGGUGAAGCUGAUAUAAGUUUAGUGGUUAGGAUGGUGGCAACACUCGGAAACUAUGAUUACAUCGUUGAUUGGGAAUUUAAAAAGAAUGGAGCCAUCAGAGUUGGGGUGGAUUUGACUGGAGUUUUGGAAGUCAAAGCAACAUCAUACACUUCGAACGAGCAGAUAACGGAGAACACUUAUGGGACACUAGUGGCUAAAAACACCAUUGCCAUUAACCACGACCAUUACCUGACGUAUUACUUAGAUCUUGACAUUGACGGUAACGGCAAUUCCUUAGUGAAAGCUAAACUAAAAACGGUAAGAGUAACCGACGUUCAUAACAAAACCUCUUCUCCGAGGAAGAGUUAUUGGACGGUCGUGAAAGAGACGGCAAAAACGGAAGCUGACGGAAGAGUUCGGCUGGGCUCAGAACCGGUUGAGCUGCUAAUAGUUAACCCACAAAAGAAGACGAAAAUAGGAAAUACAGUUGGUUACCGGUUGAUACCGGAACAUUUACCGGUAACUUCGCUUUUAACGGACGAUGAUUACCCGGAGAUUAGAGCGUCGUACACAAAAUAUCCGGUUUGGGUAACGGCUUAUAACCGGUCAGAGAAAUGGGCGGGUGGGUUUUACAGCGAUAGGAGCCGUGGAGAUGACGGCUUAGCUGUAUGGAGUAGCAGGAACAGAGAGAUAGAGAACAAAGACAUAGUGAUGUGGUACAAUGUUGGGUUUCAUCACAUUCCAUACCAAGAGGACUUUCCAGUAAUGCCAACUCUUCACGGUGGAUUCACUCUUCGACCUUCUAAUUUCUUCGACAACGAUCCGUUAAUCGCGUAAAUACGUACUAGAAGAAAUAUUUGAUUUCAACUUGUUUACUAUUUGAUUAUUUGUUUUUGUUUUUAAAAGAAGUGGUGUUGAUAAAUCUGAUUUAUGAUUUAAUGUAUUAAUACAAUGAAUUUUAAUGAAUUUAGAAAUUCAAGUAAACUCAUUUUAUUGGAUCAAUAAUUUCUUUUAAAAUUAUCCGCUAGUGAUUUUAAAUAUUAAGUGUAAUUUAUUUUAUAAGUUUAUUUAUUAUAAUGUAUUCUGAAAACUUUUAUGUAAGAAGUAUGGAGACAUAAAUUUGAGAAAAACAUUCAAGUUUCUAAUUAUAAAUUAAAUUUAUAAUAUUUAAAAAUUUAUGUAUAUUAUCAAUAAAAUACAUAAAUGAUAAUUUCAAGCUUCCAGUUUGCAAAAUCUAUUAUUUGAUUAUUUGAAAGAUGUAUUCACCUAAAAUCCAUCGUGCUUUUAAUAUGUGGUCCGAUUAAUUAGUCCGGUUCAUCGCUUAUACCAAAUUUUGAUGGAAAUAGAUCUCCGGUUCAACCGGUCCCAUCAUAUUGACUAGAAUAAAAGUAGAAGAAUCUAUAUAUAUAUAAAAUUGUUUGCCUCACUCCUAGGCUAUCCAGCUGGAAACUCACUUUCUGAGGGACUGACAUGUGUCCCGCUGUGUUAAAUGCUGCGAUUCAUUUAAUUGGAAAUCAUAUUGGGCUUUGGUUUGUUGUGUAUUUGUCUAAUAAUUAUGGGCUUAAUGUUUUUUUUUUGUUACAGCCAUGAGUAAACAUCAUGAAUACGGCACUCACUCUCAAUCUUUAAUUAGAUUUCAUAUUAGCAGAAUAAAAUAUUUUUUAAAAAUGGUAAAAUGCAUAAAAUUUAUAUAGUUAUAACAUACAAAGUAAUAGGCUAGAUUCUAAAUUUGAUUUGUUGUCUAUCCAAUUAUUUCUUUUAAAUAUUAGUUAUAAGUAAAUUAUGCUAAUAAAUGUGAAAAUACUGAACCAAUUAAUAAAAAAUUAACUAUUUAUAUAUUAUUAAAAUAUACAAAUAUUUUAAUAAUAAUAAAAAAAUACAAAACUCACGUACAAUGUUGAAAAACUAUAUAAAAUAAUCAAUAUUUUGAGUAUUAAACGUAACCACAACAACAAAAACUGAAAUCUACUUACUAUAUAUAAGAAAAGUUAAGCAAACAUUUAAGAAAACGUAUAAUACCAUUUCAAUCAUGAACAUCAUGUCAUGCUAAUACAAACUUAUAAUCUCUAAUAACACUAAUAAAAAAUAAAAUAUAAAAGAAUUUAGUUAAACAUAUGUGAAGAUGAUAUAAAAAUGUGUAUUCAUUAUAAAAAAACAUAACAAAAAAGAAAGAUAAUAAUAAAGUAGUACAAUGUCAGAAAAUGUAUUUGAAAAAAAAAAAAAAAAACAUAAACAAGUUAGCAAAAUAAACAACAUCCAACGUUAACUAAAAUGAAUGUAAUAUCCCUCAUCACUUAAAAUUUUCUAAUAGAGAAAUAUCAUUAGUAUACACAUCACUUACAAAUGCAAAUGCAAAUCUAAAACACAGACCACAAAAUCAUACAAAAGAAUAAAAACCGAAAUCACAAAUAAAGUAUAUCCCGCCCGUAGGGCGGGCCGAACCUAGUCUUAUAUAUUAAAAUAGAAGUAACAACCUUGAUUCAUGUGUGAUUUUUUAAAAAAUAAACCCUUCCUAGAAAGUCCAAAUUCAUUUAUUCCUUAAUAACAUUUAUGCCUUACUAAAUCACUAUAUUCGAUACUAUAAUAACUACCUACUCCUACAAACACGAUUCAGUUAAAAAAACAUAUAUUUGCAUCAUUAAUGAUUCACAUACGAUGCAUAUCUGUGUUUAAAAAUAUGCCUAUAGCGAACCUAACAUUUUUUCUAAAUAAGUAAUUUUACCAGGUUUGGUUUAUACAAGUUAAUAAACAAAUCACAAUUGGAAUAACCAGUUCUAGCCAUCAUUUCUGAUACAUGAUUAGAUUGUGUUAUUGGUUUAUAUAUUUUAAUUGAUUUAGAAAUCCAUACAGUAUUUAUAAAUCUAAGUAAAAUAUACAAAUUUUCAAAUUUUCUCGGAUUAGCAUUUACAAAUCCGGAGGUUUUUCUUCGGAUUUGGGCCUUUGUAUUUUUAACAAAGAAAUUCAUGAAAAUUCAUUCAAAUACAUUAUGAAAUCAAUUAUAUUAGUAAAUCUGUAUGAUUGAAUAACACUUGAUUUGAAUUAGAAUUUAUAAAUCAUUAAAUGAAUAACACAUGAUUUCAAUACGUAUUUUAAAAUCACAGAAUCAAUAACACUAGAUUUAGUUUCGAUUUUCAAAUCCAUCAAAAUACACCAACCAAUAACCCCCACUCAAUGUUUUUAAAUCCGACCCGGACACUAAACCAGAUGAACUUCUGAGUGAUCGGCAGAAUAAUAUAUAAAUUAAUUUUAUUAUAUAAUAAUAUAUUAGCUAUGAAAAUAAAUAUAUAGAAACUAAGGUUAAGUAUUUUAUAAUAUUUAUAUAAAACAUAAAAUAACAGUUUGGAUAUGUAAAUAUUUUAUGUUUAAAAAAAUUAGAAAAUAUUUAACUUUAGUAUCUAUAUUUUUAUUUUUAUUUUGCAUACAAGAUAUCAAAAAUAGUUUAGAUUAUUUUUAAAAAAUAACAAGUUAAGAUUUAUGACAUCUAACAAAAAUAUAUUAAGACUUAAGAAAUUAUAAAUAUUUAUAUGUAUAAUGUGACUAAUAAAAUUAAACCUUAAAUCUAAAAUAUACCAAAAGUAAAAAUCAUUAAUAAAAUGUUGAUAACAAAAC